AUGGCUAGCGAAGUUGGGUGGCAAAGAAUAGAGGUGCAAUCUGAUUGCAAAGCUAUCACUGAAAAAAUCCACAAGAGAUGCAUGGAGGAAUCACCAAUAGCCACCAUAAUGGAAGAUAUAGGACAAUUGAGUGACAUGUUCCAGUACUGUACUUUUUCUUUUGUGUAUAGAGAUGGAAAUAGAUGUGCUCGUAAAAUGGCACAAUUUGCAACUGAACUUGUUUCCAAUUACAAACUAAUUUUCCAACACAAUAUCCCAAUACAUGAAGACGAUUCUAUUGUCCAGAAAGAUUGUCAAUUUGACAGCCAAAACAACCUUUAUCUCCGCCUCUAUAAGCCUGUAAACACAGCCAAUCCUUCCAUAAAACUACCAGUUGUUUAUUUCCUUCACGGCAGAGGCUUCUGUGUGGGCUCAUUUACAGGGCCUAACAAUCAUAACGCCUGCCUACGCCUAGCUUCGGGACUACAAGCCCUUGUAGUUGCACCAGACUACAGGUUGGCCCCGGAGCAUAGACUUCCCGCUGCAAUGGAUGAUGCAGUAGCUUCUCUCAAGUGGCUUCAAGCUCAAGCAAUCUCAGAUAGGCUUCCUGGUCAUGAAUAUGAUACAUGGUUGCAUGAUCGGGUGGUUGACUUUGAUCAGUUUUAUAUAAUUGGCGACUCUUCCGGUGGCUAUAUGGCUCACAAUUUGGCCGUUCAGCAUGGGCCUGGUUCGCUGGUGUUAGCCCCUGUUUGUGUACGUGGUUAUGUGCUGAUGGCACCAUUCUUUGGUGGCACACUGAGAACCAAGUCUGAAGCAGAGGGGAUGCCUGAACCACUCUUUAAUGUGGAGAUUCUUGAUAGAUUUUGGAGGCUAUCCUUGUCACAAGGGAAAAAUGCGGACCAUCCCCUAGCUAACCCCUUCGGCACUUUUAGCCAAAAUCUUGAAUCUGUCAUGCUUGACCCAGUGCAGGUAAUUACCGGAGGAAUUGAGCUCCCAAGAGAUAGGGUCGAGAACUACGCAAGAAGGUUGAAGGAAGCCGGGAAGGAAGUCCAAUAUGUGGAGAUUGAAGGAGACCAUAACGGCUUUUUCAUAAAUGACCCUUCAUAUAUAGCUGAUGCUUUCCACAACACAACACGCACAUUGCACGGAUUGGAAUGGUUGCAAAACAUUCAGGCGUGA